GGGCCCCACUCUUCAAAAGGUAAACGGUCAAACGCUCUCCCCUACUUGGCCAAAACAAUUGAGAGCUCUCUCUCUCUAUAACAACUAAACAACUGUUCAUUCACAUAUAUCUCCCUCCCGUCCCAAAGACUUAUCGUUAGCAUCAAAACCCAUACCAGAAUCAAAGAGAUCAAAAUGGACGGCUUCGAUCAACUCCCCGACUCGCUGAUCCUCCUGAUCUUCAACUCCGUUUCCGACAUCAAGACCCUCCUCCGAUGCCGCGCCGUCUGCCAGCGAUUCAACUCCCUCGUCCCCCAGACGGAGUCGCUCCUCCUCAAGGUCGACUGCGUCGUCUCUCCCGACUCCGCCGACCGCGACGGCGACGACUCCUUCCUCUUCACCUUCCUCAAAUCCAUCCUCAAAUCCCUCCACGACCUCGUCUCUCCAAAUCCCCUCUCCAAUCCCUCCUCUCUAAAGCCGCCGCAGAAUUCUCCUUCUCAGAUCCUCCGCGGCUUCGAUCGGGUCCGCAACCUCGAGAUCGAGCUCCCCUCCGGCGACAUGAGGCUCGAGAAAGGCGCCGUCGUGAAGUGGACGGCCGAGUUUGGGACUAGCCUCAGGAGCUGCGUGAUCCUAGGGUUUCGCGCGAUCAGGGACUCGGAGACGGCGGCAAUCGGAGGCGAUUCGGCCGGCGCAGGGGAGGAGGACUUCGCGAGGGGGCUGAAGACGAGAGUGGUGUGGACGAUAAGCGCGCUGAUUGCGGCGUCCGCGAGGCAUUACUUCUUGAGAGAGGUGGUGAGGGAGCAGAGAGAGCUUCGGAGGCUGGUUUUGACCGACAGAGAAGGUGAAGGCACGGUGGUGAUGGACAAGGCGGGGCUGGCGGAGCUGAGAGGCGGCGGAGGGGCGGCGGAGGUGGCGCACGUUCGCAGAGAAGAAGUGGUGGUGGAGGGGGAUGGAGAAGAAGAAGAAGAGGAUGACGUGGCGGAGAGGAACAGGACGAGGGUGCCGAGCGUGAGGAUGAGGAUGAGGCACGCGCCGAGGCUGGAGCUCAAGGGAGGGUUUUGGGCUGAGGGGGCAACGCUCGUUGUGGUAAGGCCCACCAAGGAGGGGAGUGGGGCCCAGGUGGGUGAUGACGUGGAGGAGGCUAAUUUGGCCACGAUGGCAUUCGGGGAAGGGCUGUACGGUGAGGCUGUUGGGUCGCUUCUAAAGUGCCGGAGUUAUAUUCUCGAGAUGAACUCCUUCUAGUUCUUUAAUUUGGUCGAGUUUUCCGCUGGCUGUCAGAUUGCCUGUUUACGCGGUAACUGAUCGAUGAGAUUUUUUUUUGUUUGUUUGUUUGUUUUUUCUUUUUAAUUUCUCCGUAAAUUUGGUCUUUAGUGCAAGUGCAGGCAGGUUGAAGUAAGGUUGUUUUGUAUAUUCGUCUCUUUCUUUGAUCGAAUAAAAGAUGUUCUACCUUCACGCUA